CCAAAUAAGGAUUAAUUGGAUAUGUGUAUAUCAAUAUGUAUAGGAUGAUAUAUUGCACGGUGCACUACAUUGGCAAAUGAUUGAAAUUUUAUCACAUAAUAUUAGACAAGGUGCAAAAAAAUAAACAAAGUUUUUGAUAACUUAACUGUAAUUGUUUCUUUAGGAAAGGACGAGUCCGAGAAUGCUUAGAAAUAUUACAGGAAUACAUAUCGAGACUAUCAGUGUGGCGUGGUAUUUUAAAUCUAUGUCAGAGUUGUUUGACCUGUGAUAUUUUAGAAUUUAGAUAUCGGAGAUUCAUUGUCUAAUAUGUAUUGAAGUUCAACGAAAUUUCAACUGUCAUAGAUCACAUUAUAAUCCAUAGUCUUUCCAAGCAAAUUAUUAUUGAGAGUUCCAACUGAUUUACAAAGAAAUAACGGAAAAUUUUAUAAUGUCCAUAUUUUAUACAAUAAAUACUAUAUUAAUAAAGAAGAAAUUAUAUCUAAAAAGAAAUUAAUUAAUAAUAUAAGAUCUAGUUUUCUACCUUGUUAUGGUGGCUGUGCAAUUAUUUGAUCAUUGGCAUUCAAUUGAUCUUAAAACAACGUCUCUUUUUAUAUAAAAAUUUUGCCAAUGAGAGACUUGUAAAAGUAUAUAAUAAAAGAUGGCAAUAAUUUAUUUUUGUGCUCAUAUCCUUGGUAUUUGAUAGUUAUAAUGAUGGAUAUAUCAUUACAUUAUUCUACGGAUAUUAUAAUUAAUAAAAAAUAUAUUCUUUGAAACCAACAAAUAAAAUAAAAAGAUGGAUAGUUCAGAAUAUGAGACUGUACGAAAUAUGACACUUCUAUUUUUUUUUGAGCUUCUUAUGGAUAAAGGUGGUCCACGAACAUUACAUGACUUAAGCUGCCAGUUUGGAGCUAAAGGGUUUACAAAAGAAAUGCGCCAAAUAGCUGGUGGAUCACAAAGUGGCCUUAAAAAGUUUUUAGCUCAAUAUCCAAUGCUUUUUAUUAUUAAUGGCGAUUAUGUAUCAGUCAAUACAUUUCAACAAAUUGUAGAAGAAGAAAAUGGAUGUAAAUUAGGAGGUAAACGCGAUUACGCCCGAGAAGCUGUAGAAUAUUUUACAAAUAAAUUAAUGCAAUAUGGAGUUGGUACAGAAGUACCAAUAAAAAGUCUUCUAGGACAUCGGUCUCAAGCAUCUCCAGAAGUUAGACACAUUUCUGGUCAACAUUAUAAGGAGUUUAGAGACUUUCUUUUAAAAUAUUCAGAUGCUUUUGUAGUUACUGAAGAUAAUGUAAUGUUAAAGCAAUAUGAAGGCAUGAAAGCAGAACCUUUUGUAGAGUUAGAGCCUGAUAUACCUAUAGAUCCAGAAAUUACUGCAAAGUUAUUAGACUUUCUUUGUGAGUGUAUUGGACGGAAGGGUCCAAUCCUUGUAGAUCAAAUGUUCAAUAUAGUUAAUGAUAAAUUUUCUUAUGAAAAUUGGACCUCAAUAUUUAAAACACCACAGGAUUUGUGUACAUUUGUUAAAAUGUUCCCAGAUGCGUUUCAUGUUCAAAGCAAUUUAGUAACAUUAAUUGGAAAACCAAAAUCUUCUGUUACAGAAGGAAAAGCGAAAACAAGAUUUCCAAAUUCUACACGAAAUCAAAAUAGUACUACAAGUAAUACUCAGGCAUCUCAACAAACAAUUAAUUCAGAAUGUACUAAUAGCAAUGCUACAACUCAAAUUAAUUCUGUACAAAACUCUCAUUCCCCAUCGAUUGAAAGUAACAGUAGCUCUCCUCCAGUAAGCUUACAACAACAAACUUUGAAACAAAGAAUAAAUACACUUGUAAUGAAAACUUUAGCAGAUAAUACAGAAAAGGAUAGAAGUUUACAAACCAUGCAACUGGGAGAUGCUUGGAAAUUAAAGAUAUUGCAACAGACUAGAACAAUAGUAAAUGUCAGAGAGAGCCUUCAAAUUAUAGAAGAUAUAAUAAAUCCUCGUAAACCUCCUCCUGAUGGUAAAAUUGUUGUUUCAUUUGACUGCGAAGGAAUAAAUUUAGGAGUUAAAGGACAAUUGACACUUGUACAAAUUGGAACUAUGUCUGGUCAAGCAUAUGUAUUUGAUUUAUUUGCUUGUCCUGCCCUUGUACAUGCUGGAGGCCUUCAAAAACUACUAGAACAUAAAGAUGUUAUUAAAGUAAUUCAUGACUGUAGAAAUGACAGUGUCAAUUUGUAUAGACAAUUUAAUAUUAUGUUAAAUAAUGUUUUUGAUACACAGGCAGCUCAUGCUGUAUUGCAAUUUCAAGAAACUGGCAAACCUGUAUAUAAAGUUAAGAACGUUAAUUUGAAUACACUAUGUGAUCAUUAUGGUGCUCCAAGUAAUCCAUUAAAAGAACAAUUGAAAAAUAUCUAUCGUAAUAAUCAAAAAUACUGGUGUAGGCGUCCAAUAACACGAGACAUGCUCAUUUAUGCUAGCAGUGAUGUUCUAAGUUUGGUACCACAAAUAUAUGUCUGCAUGUCUAGACUUAUAAAACCAGAACUAGAAAGUCUUUUUAAUGAACUGUGUGAGGAGCAAAUUCAAUUACAUAUUAAACCUGUAGAAGUAAAAGCGCGAAAGAAGCAACGAAAAGUAGAAACAGAAGUUGCGGAUUUGAAAAAAAAAAUGGAAGAAGCAACUACUAAAAAUAUUGUUUUAAGUAAUCGUGAAAUUCGUCUUCUGCGUUAUCUUGAUCUUACCGAAGAUGAAAAAGAGAAACUAAAAGGUAGUUACAAAGUUGCAAGAAAGUUAGAAAAACUUGAAAACAUGAGUCAAGAUAAAGGAGAAAGUAGCGACGAUGAUUAUGAGGAUAAGAUUGAAGAUUCAGAAUAUCACAGUAUAGAAAGUUACACUUCUGAAAAUUCACAUUCUGGUGGUAUAUUAUCACCAAGGAAUUCUGAAACUCCAAGUCUUACAGAAUCAAUGCAAAUGGUGGAUGAAAUUCUUUCUGAUGGAAGAAUGGAUAGAUUUGAAAAAAUUGAAAAAUUAGAAGCUAUUCUUUCAGCUGUUACCGGUUCUACGACUGAUCAGUUUUCCUCAAGCAGUGCAGAUGUAUCUCCAACAAAAUGUAUAUGCUCGUGUAAAGAUAAAAAUAAAAGUCCACGAUCAGAUCGUAAUACUGGAAUUAGCGUGGCUUGCCAAACGUACAGUACAGGUGAUGUAGUAAUUACCAAAAUAUUUCUUACGGAAAAAGAAAGGGAACAUACGGAUUCAUUAAAUUCGCCAAAAAAGUAGAUAUGUCAUAGCUAUUAUGAAAGUGGUAAAGAAGGAAGUUGCCAUUGUUAGAUUUUUACGAGAAAGACGAAUAGGUGGUAAAAAAUUAAAAAAAAAAUUAUUAAAAAUUGAUCUAUUUUAUGAGGUUUGAUGAAAAUUGUAUAUUUAAACUAUCAGAUACAGUAAUUUUUUUCCAACUCUGAUGUUGUAAAUAAUCAGGAUUUAGGAGAAAUUUGUUUUCUAAUGAUAAAAAAUCAGUAUUGUAAAUUUUGUUUUUUUUAAUAGAGGAUUUUCUUUCUUUACAAUAGUAUAAGAAGGAAUAAUCGAAUUACAUAUUUACUAAUAAGAAUAUUUAAUAUUUUCUCGAAUAAUUUAUGUUGCUCCUCAGGACUAAAACACUAAUGUUGUUCCUCUGUAAAAAAAUACAUUUAAACGUUGUAAUAAUACUUCAAAAAAGAUUUUAUUCAUUUUUAUAUCGUUGUAGAAAUAUAGACUCUACAUUAUAUGUAGAAAAAUAUAAUUUUCUUAUGUCAAGUGUUGCAUUAAAAUCACUGUCUCAUAAUGUUCUUUUUUUUAUAUUUUUGUAUAAAAAUAUUUUUAGUUUUAUUGUAAAAUAUUUUUGAUAAUAUUCACUUUUAACAAAAGCUUACAAAAAUGAUUAAUAAAAUAAGUACAAAUAUAUAUAAUUAUCACAUCUCAUACAUUUGAUAUGCCCAAUUUUCUUGAAGUUGUGCACAUUUGUGCCAAGUUUACAAUUAAAAAAAAGUCUACAUGUUUUCGGUUUUGAUAAUAAACUAAUCUAAAAAUAGUUCUUACAAUAAAGUAUUUAAGCAUGACUAUAUUUUUAAAAAGUUAGUUGCAAUCACAAAAAAAAAAAGACACAAAUGUGAUAAUCUUAAGAUUCAGUUGUUUUUAAUGCAAUACUUUUCAAGAAUAUAGUAUCGCUAUUUAAUUUUUAUUUUUACAUUGGUCUAUCUUUUAAUUUUAGAUAUCAAAAUCUUAUUAUUCUUAUAAAUUGCAAAUAUAUAAAAUGUUUAAAUUGUAAAAAUUUUGUUUGAAAUAUUUAGAUAAUGACAAUUUUGAUCUUUUAUGUUAUUUCUCUUUUUUUUAUAAGUAGUUUGUUCUUUAUAAAUAGAAAACUAUAUAAACUUUGUAAGACAGGCUAUAAUUACAGUACAUGAAAUGAUUUUAAAUAAUAUAAUUUUUUAUUCUAUAAUAUGCUCUUUAACAGAAAUAUGCCUGUUAACAUUAUGUUUAUUGUCACGAUAUAAUUUUUUUUUCCUAAAUAUAAUAUUGAUCAAUAUGAUAUUAAUAAUAAAUUAGAUUCAGCUGCCUUAUUAUACUAAUGCAUUUAAGUUAUUUUAACUAAAACUGUAUUUUAAAUU